AUUUUCUUUUCUCCUUAAAAUAUGAUGCUGCUAGGAAGCCGUUCGUCCAUAUUAAUAUGGCUGACUGCUAGUGCCACACUUGCAGCCGACGCUGCUAUACAACAUCAAGAACCCGCCUAUGCGUAUGACGAUCAUUAUCAGCCAACACCAGCAGUUCAAUACUACGAUCCAUAUGUUCCUCGACCCACGCCUAUUGUAGACGAAGAGAUCGCUCCCGUAGCAUACUACCCGAGCCGGGUACACGAACGUCUUCCGGAUGCACAUCAGUUAACGCCGAGCGAGAAGCAACGGUACAUCAAAGAUGCAUUUUUGUUUGCAUGGGACGGUUACCGGACGUUUAGCUGGGGCUCUGAUGAGAAUCGUCCCGUUACGAAUCGUCCAGUGAACACAAGAAAUGGAUGGGGUGCCUCGCUUGUCGACGGACUAGACACACUAUACCUGAUGGAACUUUAUGGCGAAUUCAACGAAGCGCGAGACUAUGUAGCCAACAUUGACUGGGAUGAAACACACGGUAGCAGUUUGGUGCAGGUGUUUGAGACGACGAUCCGAUACGUUGGCGGCCUAUUGUCAGCUUAUGAUCUGUCAGGCGAUGAGAUAUUUGUCGAAAAAACAGUUCAACUCGUGGAUCGACUUCUUCCAGCAUUCGACACACCCACCGGUAUCCCCUACCAAUAUGUAAACUUUAGAUCUGGUAAAGCAGUGAAGUCUGGUUUCCCAGACGGUGCGUCAUGCCUUGCCGAACUGGGCACUGUCCAACUGGAAUUUACCCGGUUAUCUGAAAUCACCGGGGAUUGGACAUAUCACCAUGUUGGACAACGGGUGUAUCAGUCGUUCAUUCAGCUUAAAACAGACCAGCCGGGGUUGUUUCCUCAUCUGAUCAACCCUGACACCGGUGAUGCCGUGGGAGAUUACAUAACCUGGGGCGGAAUGGCAGAUAGCUUUUAUGAGUACUUGAUUAAGCAAUAUGUCAUGUCUGGCGGCAAGGACGCUGCAAAAAAGGAAAUGGUCAUCCAAGCGGUUCGUAGCUUGGAAAAGUAUUUGAUAGCAAGACCAAAAGAUCAUCCUGAGCUGGCGCUUCUUGCAGAUUUGAACGGCGAGGCACAAACUCCAAAGAUGGAUGAAUUGGCAUGCUUUGCACCAGGUAAUUUAUUGUUGGCGGCACGAACAAUACCAGAGCUGGCCGAUACCGAGGAUCUUGCCUUUGACCUGAUGCAUGGAUGUUACAAUGCUUGGGUUUCGACAAAGACGGGAAUUGCACCUGAAGUAUUUGGAUAUAUGGACGAAGGUGGAAACACCGUUGUAGGCAAUUUGACCGGCCGUCGCAAACAUCUUGCCAAGGAACAUGGGGUAUUCCCAGUCGCUGCUAGCUAUAUUCUUCGACCAGAAACGCUCGAGUCAAUUUUCUACUUUUAUCGGUUUACGAAGGAUCGUCGAUACCAAGAUAUGGCUUGGGAUAUCUUUAAUUCAAUUCACACAUAUUGCCGAGCCAAUUCCGGGUUCUCGGGGAUCAGUAAUGUGGAUACAUAUUAUCCUAGCUGGGAUGAUCGCCAGGAAAGCUUCUUUUUCGCAGAGACUCUCAAAUACCUUUAUCUCAUGUUUGAUGAGCCAUGGGAGGAAGAACGUCUUUCGUUGCAGAAAUGGGUGCUAAAUACGGAAGCACAUCCUUUCAAGAUCACCGAUAUUGUCCCACCGCCGCCUCCACCUUAUGAGAGAAAGCAUGUGUCUUGGAUAGAUAAUGUCAUUGCAUUUUUGGCUCAGUGGAUGAAGCUUAUCUUUAUUCCGUACUUGGAUCUUUUCUACGAGUAUUAAGAGACAAGUAUUCAUGAACGAGUGCAGAAAUGUUCGAAU